AUGUCGUCUACCACGGCCCAAGAUGUGCUUGAUAUCUUUUACAAAAAAUUAGUGGUACCUGUGGCAAGCUCUACAGGAAAUUUCAUCGCGAAAGAUGCGGCGGAACUCGAUAGUUUACUCAAACCUGUAGAAAAGCUCCUUGGAAAGCUGGGUGCUCCGAAAUUGCAUGAUCUUGAACAUAACAAAGAUUUUUCUUGUGACGUUGAUCAGAAAGAUCAUCAAGAUGUUAAAGACAGAGAUCUAACCAAGGAUGAUAGCCUCAAUCGCUAUGCCGUCAAAGAUUUUCUGUUGGUUUUGCAUCAUCACGAAGACCCCAUCAGGCUAAUCGAUGCACCUAGUCAGCCUGCAUAUUUCUGUGUCGAUGAACAGACUGCGUUCAAUUGUUUCCCUCUUUUGCGCAUGUUGUUCAGAAAUUCAUCGCGUCCGAUUAACUCCCACAUGGCAUUGCACAAGGACCUCUUUUCUCCACCUGCCGAUGACGAUCACAUUGUCUUUGACCCCGCAACAACGAUGGUGAAGAAGCUCCUCUGGGAGAAUAAGAUUUUAUACAUCGAAGAGCUUUUAGGUUCUGAUUUGGCAAAAUCCCAAAACAACUUUUCGUCAAUUAAACACGAGACACCAGAGACGGUGAUGGAGUUUAUGAAAGUUUGGAUAAUUUGGCAUCAGGAACGAAAGAUGUCCUUCUCUAGACCUGGUGAUAUGAAAAAUAUUGAAACAUUUAUUGAUCGUGUAUUGGCGUUGGCUAAGUAUUUUGGAGCGGCUGUCAACGAGAUCGAAGAUCCUAAGACUAUGCGCAUUCUCUGCUGGUGGAGCUGCCAUCAAAGACCCUUUUCAAGUGUUGUCGCUCUCGAUUCUAGCCUUGAAGCUUCUGCACCUACUCCAAAGAUCUGGAAUGUGCAAGAUUGUGAGAAUAACAUUCAGGCAGAGCUAAAUAGACUAGCUAAUCUUCCAUUCUUGAAACAGGGUAAAAAAUACCGAGAUCUGAUUUAUCGACACAAUUCCCGAAAGCCACCGCAAAGAAGAACACCGAAUUUUCAGCAAGGCCAAAAUUUUCCGAAAACUCCCUCUUCUCCAAACACUUUAUUCACACAAACGCAACGGCUCCCUGGCGACUUAGCGGACAAGCUAGUCUAUGAUCCUGAUAUCUCUGUUCCAAAGAAAGAAGAUUGUCACUCGAUUAGAAUUUAUUUUCAAGCAUUGAUGAGAUCUCAGUUCAUGAAAGAUCAGCCUGGCUAUAGGAGUGUCACCACCAGUACAGGAAGACUUGGUCGAGCCUUUACAAACUUGGGAACUUGGGCAGAAGGCUUGACAUCAAGAAAGUUAAGCAGUAGGGAUUUCCAAGACCUGGCCGACUUGGCGGUAUUUCUUGGUGUCAAGAAUGCUAGUUACGAUUUGUUUGUAUACCAGAAUAAUCUUGCUAAGAAUACCGGUAAAAUGAAUGCGGGUUUCGACCUGGGUGCCUAG